AUGGCCGAAAGCGACCACUGCACUGACGUCUGUCGUAGAGGUUUGGCCAGUGUCAAGUCAGGCAAGAGACAGAGAAGCUACCUCAAGCACACUCAAGAGACUUAGCAAUGGCAUUGAGAAGUGGUUUGUGUCGCCUCCUGGCCAACCCCCAGAGAGCAGUUGUCAUUUUGGCCUCCAGAUCUCAGGGAACAGCAGCGACACCCAAAUGGGAAGCAGAAAAGGAAGCCCAACAGAAGCGUCCCAAAGCACCCAAGGUGCAGUUCAAUUGGCGUGAUGCCUUGGAACUGGAUGGUCUGCUGACGGAGGAGGAGGUGAUGAUCAGGGACUCCUUCCGCACCUACUGCCAGGAGAAGCUCAUGCCGCGUGUUCUUAUGGCAAACAGGAAUGAAGUGUUCCACCGUGAGAUUAUCAAUGAGAUGGGUGAGUUAGGAGUCCUGGGCCCCACCAUUAAAGGCUACGGCUGUGCUGGCGUCAGCUACGUGGCGUACGGUCUGAUCGCGCGGGAGGUGGAGCGGGUGGACAGCGGCUACCGGUCGGUGAUGAGCGUGCAGUCCUCCCUGGUCAUGCACCCCAUCAACGCUUACGGCACCGACGCCCAGAAGGAGAAGUACCUGCCCAGGCUGGCGACUGGAGAGAUCCUGGGCUGCUUUGGCCUAACUGAGCCCAACCAUGGCAGCGACCCCGCGGGCAUGGAGACGCGUGCCAAGUACAACCCCUCCAGCCGCACAUUCACCGUCACUGGCUCCAAGACCUGGAUCACCAACUCCCCGGUGGCAGACAUCGCAGUGGUGUGGGCCAAGUGUGAGGACGGCAAGGUACGCGGCUUCAUCCUGGAGCGUGGCAUGAAGGGCCUGAGCACGCCCAAGAUCGAGGGGAAGUUCUCCCUGCGCGCCUCGGCCACGGGCAUGAUCCUCAUGGACGAGGUGGAGGUGCCUGAGGAGAACCUGCUGCCCCAUGUGUCAGGACUGGGCGGUCCAUUUGGGUGUUUAAACAAUGCCCGCUAUGGCAUCGCAUGGGGCGCCCUGGGUGCUGCUGAGUUCUGUUUCCAUGCCGCUCGGCAGUACACACUGGACAGAAUACAGUUUGGAGUACCCCUGGCCAGAAACCAGCUGAUGCAGAAAAAGAUGGCUGACAUGCUGACAGAAAUCACCCUCGGCCUGCAGUCCUGCUUACAACUGGGAAGACUUAUCGACGAAAAAAAAGCGGCGCCUGAGAUGAUCUCCAUGCUGAAGAGGAACAGCUGUGGCAAGGCCCUGGACAUCGCCAGACAGGCGCGGGACAUGCUGGGCGGCAACGGCAUCGCUGACGAGUACCACAUCAUCCGGCACGUUAUGAAUCUGGAAGCCGUUAACACGUAUGAGGGCACUCAUGACAUCCAUGCUCUGAUUCUGGGAAGGGCCAUCACAGGCCUGCAGUCCUUCACUGUGGAGAAGUAGGAGGUUCCUCCCCUGUUUCUCGCUCACAUUUGCCUCUGAAGUCACUUUAAACUAGCCAGCUGCUGCCUUUAAUAAAGUUUGUAAGAAGUGGGGAGGAGUUGGUCAAUUUAACAUUGACAAACACUUACGGUACUCAUAACUUGUUGAAUUUUACCAGCUAUCAGAACUAUUGUGUUUGACAGUUUGUAUUUUUUAAAGGCUUCAUAAAGAAAGGACAAAAGGGAAAAACUGAAUUCUGUAGAUUACACUGGGCUACAUUUGUAGUUGAACAGGAAAAAAACAUAUUUUUUUAUUCAUGUCAGAACUUCACCCUCCCACUAGAGUAGUUUGUAUAGAGAAUGGUGUAAAUAUUAGAUUAUGGAAUAGCAUCUUAGAUAUGUAGCAUGUCUUAUGUGAUCUUUUACAAAUGACUGUAGAACGUGGCAAGAGAAAAUGAACAAUUAUUUCGGUUUGUCAAGCACACAACUACUACAUAUUUGGGAUACAUACAGUACAUAAAUGUACCGUUACUGAAUUAACGCUGUAUGAACUUGUUCGAAACAUCAACUUAAUACACAACCUUAUCUGUCUGGUAAGGUCAGGAAGAUUGGUUUCUGUUGUCCUUUCUCUUGCAUGGUUUGGUGGCAUGUUGUAAUUAUUCCAAAUAAAUAAAGCUGGUUGCAGUGCCUA